UUUGCAUUUCCUAAACUCUUCUCACCAACAUCUGGGAGGGUGGCUCUGCUCCUCAGCUGCUGCCCUACCAGAGGUCUGUCUGUGGGCACUCUGUCUCUGCCUCUCCGUCACCCUCUUCUCCCAUGUUCUGGCCCCCCGAUGAAAGCUGAGUCAGACAUGCUUCCCCUUGGCUCCCACCGCCUCCCAUGGGGGCCCCUCCUUGGCCGUAUCCGUUAGUCACUCCCAGAAGUCCUCUCCGCCCCCCUCCUGGGGCGGGGAGCCCAGAGCAGCCCAGAGGCUGGGGGAGGGGGUGGACUUUUGGCCCGUUUCGUUUAUUCCCUCCAUCUCUUCGUCAACAGCUGCCUGGUGCUCUAGGCUCAUUCCUCUGCCCGGACCUUCCGGGAAGCAAAGAGCCAGAGAGAGGGCCGGGGCCAGAAACCAAGAGAUAGACCUGAAGCCCACACUGCUGCUGGCUCCCCUUUCUCUCUCUCCAGCUUGCCUGAGCAGUCCAGCUUAGCCGAAGCUUCUCAAGUUCCCCUGGGGCUCAGCCCCUCCCCUUCUCUGGGGCCCCAGGCGCCCCCCAGGGCCCUGCAUCCCACCAUGUCGGUGGCUGUGGAGACCUUCGGCUUCUUCAUGGCAGCCCUGGGGUUGCUGAUGCUGGGGGUGACCCUGCCAAACAGCUACUGGCGAGUGUCCACCGUGCACGGGAGCGUCAUCACCACCAACACCAUCUUCGAGAACCUCUGGUUUAGCUGUGCCACCGACUCCCUAGGAGUCUACAGCUGCCGGGAGUUUCCGUCCUUGCUGGCUCUCUCUGGGUACCUCCAGGCCUGCCGGGCGCUCAUGAUCACCGCCAUCUUCCUGGGCUUCCUGGGCCUCUUCCUAGGCAUGGUGGGGCUGCGCUGCAUAAACAUUGGGGGCAUGGAGCUCUCCAGGAAGGCCAAGCUGGCGGCCACCGCAGGGGUCCUACACAUACUGGCUGGAUUCUGCGGGAUGGUGGCCAUCUCCUGGUACGCCUUCAACAUCACCCGGGAAUUCUUCGACCCCUUGUAUCCGGGGACCAAGUACGAGCUGGGCCCCGCCCUCUACCUGGGCUGGAGCGCCUCCCUUCUCGCCAUCCUGGGCGGCGUCUGCCUCGGCUCCGGCUGCUGCCGCGCUCCCGACGCGACCCCGGCCCCCAGGCUCCCCUACGAUGCCUCCGCGGUGCGGUCCCCCGGCCUCGUCGACCGCCUGCGCCCCGCGGCCUCGGACGAAGAAGGCGACAGCACCUUUGGCAAAUACGGGAAGAACGCUUACGUGUAGGACGCCGGUGGACCCCUUCCCUUCGCCUUGCGGCGAGCGGAGAGGUCCGGCUAACCGCGGGCUGCGGGCCACGCCCCGACUCCGCCCCGGCCCGGAAGCCACGCCCAGCGCCGGGCCCGCCCCGGCCACGCCCCCCGCCGCGGCCUCGCCUCCUCCGCCGGGCGAAGAUCCCGCCUCCUGAGAACUCAGCUCAGACUCCUGGGGCGGGACCUUCUGGGUCUGGGCGCUGGUUGGCUGAGGGGGCGGAGGCGUCCCCGACGGUUUGUAUUCUGUAUAAAUACAUGCUUAAAUAAAUUUGUACUAUGAACUGUCCAGGGACGGAGGAUGACAUGAAGUGGCUGGCCAAGCAAUGGGUGACUCGGGUGGCCCCCAGGGUCGUCUCAGUUUCUGGACCUCAGGCUGGCACCUGUCCCUCUGUCACCUCUGGACUGUCUCAUCUGAAAAAGAGGAGCGGUUGCAAGUGAUUUCAAGAGUGUGGCACUCCGAAUUACUGACGAGAGUCCCCAAGGAGCAGACCGAGGAAGACACAGCUCUAGGAAGCUGGAAGCGGCAGAGAUUUCCCCUGGCCAGCCUGAGAUAACAAGUCGUUCUCUUCUCUCGACCUUCCUCAAGGAGACAGCUGACCCUGAGCAGAGUCCCUUUAGCUGUGUCUAAGAGUGGACAUCACAAAUUGAUAAACCCUUUGAAAUUGUGUGUCAAAUCAGUCAGGUAUGGUGCAGGCAGAUUUUCCUGGGGAAAAUUCAAUGAGGACUUCCAGAAAGGCUCUGAAUGUCUUUCCACGGAGGCUUGCAUAUUGGUGCUGUGUGCAUGGUGACUCCGUGGUGUCCAACUCAGACUCCGCACUGGGUCACGGACUGGCUUGGAGACAGGAGAACGAGGCCACAAGAGAAAGGCCUGGAAAAAAAAUUUAAAAAAAAGGGGGGGAGAGGCCUGGCGCCUGCUGGAAGGAGGGGAGCUGGGACCAUACCCUAGCCCCAGCAGCACUGACCUGGUGACCAGUCACUGGGGGUGGCCUGGGUUCCGAUCUCGCCCCUUCUUUCUCUUUCAUCCUAUCCACUCACCUGCACGGACUGUCCCCCAGGAUGUAGAGACCCCCACAUCUGCAUUCUAACUGGGCCCUCUCUCCUGAGCCUCAGAAGUGCAUACACUCCCUGCCCCCUCCCCCCGCCCCGUGUGUUUUCCCCAGGCUGGGCAAAGUCAUCAAAUUCAUCGCUGCCACUUCCCAUCAUUCCUGUGACCAGCAUAGUCGACUCCUGAGUUGCACGACUUGACCUCAGUCAUCUCAGGCUUUCCCUUCACUUCCCCUCCGCCAUGUCCCCCAGAGUCUAUGGAUUCCCCCCCGCCUCAGUGUUUUUCACAUCCACUUACUUUGCUCCCUACACUGGUCAGGCCCUCAUUCUCCCUUGCUCAGGAAAGGAUUUCCCUAACUGAGCUUCUCCUCUGUCUUUCUAAUCCUGUCCACAUUCCUGUCACAGAGCACCAUGCUUUGUGCUGCUCUGGCAGCUCCCUGGUGCCUCAGAAAAAAAGCCCAAGACCAUUAACACACUGCCUGGUCCUAGCCCACCUGCUGUCCCCAGUCCCUACUCUUCCUCCAUACAAUCCUGCUCUCCUAGCAAACCUGUUUGCUCACUGGCCUUGGACACACACUGGCUUGGGGUUUCCUAAGGGUCUACCCAGAAGCACCGGUGCUUUUUCAGCUGUGAAGAGGUUUCCUGGUAAGAAAUUUGCUGAAGUCUGUAUAUCCUAUGCCCCCCUCACUCUUUGCCUCCAUAGUUUGGGGAUGUCCUGUUGGCCAAGCCAGUUACGUGGCCAAGUCAAGAGUCAUCAUGGAAGGGACUGCACAAGAGAGUGGGUGCUGGAAAGCUUGUUUCACGGUGGCCCCUAGUGUCACAAUUACCCAUCUACUGUGCCAAGCAUUGGCCCUGUGGGGUUCGCUUUGUUAGCAAACCCAUAGUGCGUUUCUCUCUCAAACAUGUGACCAACACCUUAAGAAGGAUCUCACAGUUCUGAGAAGCCAUCAGAGUUCCUCAGGAUGCCUGUAUCUACCCCCCUACACACACCCAAUGAAGGACAAAAGCUAAUUAUAGGGACGCCUGGGUGGCUCAACGGUUGAGUGCCUGCCUUUGGCUCAGGUUGUGAUCCCGGGGUCCUGGGAUUGAGUUCCAGAUGGGGCUCCCCGCAGGGAGCCUGCUUCUCCCUCCGCCUAUGUCUCUGCCUCUCUGUGUCUCUCAUGAAUAAAAUCUUUUUUUUUUUUUUUAAAAAAAAAAAGCUGGG